AUGGCCGCUGUACCUACUACUGGUCCUCGCGGCAUGGGCCUCGAUUGGGGUGGCACAGGACGCCGCCGCGCUCAAGGCCAUCGGCUCGCUUCCAAGCUGCGCGUCAAGGAGAGUUUGACCACCAAGAACGUAACUUCAGCUCUCUGCGACGUGCCUGUUCGCUCAGAAAUUACCCAUUUACGCGUGGCAAACAUCGUAUUGGCCGUAGUGACAGGCUCCUGCAUCAUCUUACGCUUUAGUUACCACAUGUUUUUCCACGUCAAUGGGCUUAAUUGGGACGACUUCCUCGUGCUAGCUACGGUGGUUCUAGCCGUACCAUCUGUCGUUAUUGUCGACAGGUGUAUGCUUCCGAAUGGCAUCGGUAUCGACAUUUGGAACGUCCCAUUCGACCACAUCGACAACUUUAUACGAUGGCUAUACGUCGUCACUCUACUAUACCUCCUCCAGGCUGCCUUGGUCAAGAUUACGCUCCUUUCCUUCUUCCUACGGAUAUUCCUCAGACGGCGAACAGUACAGCUUUUUGUCACAGUAGUCUCCAUCCUCCGCCUGAAAUCGCUCUUUUUCUUCGACGGCGACAACAACUAUACAUGGAAGCAAGCGAAAGUCGUCCUGUGGUCCAUGUACGAGCUCCACGUCGGAGUAAUAUGCGCCUGCAUCCCGACUCUCCGCCUGAUCUUCAUCCGCGCAAUCCCUUCAGUCAUCAGCUCGAUACAAGGAAGCACCCAGCGAAGCAGCGCGAACGGAAACGGCAGUAGAAGAAGUCGUGGCACAACUCAGAAUCUAGACACGUUGAGAAGUGACAGAGGUGGGAAAGAAGGCCUGGCCGUUGAACCCAACACGAUUACAUACACCAGGACCUUUGCAGUCCGGCACGAGGAAAACGACGAGGAGGUCGAACUUGUCCACAUGGAGGAUUUAAGUGAAAAGACGUCGAGAGAACGAGGUGGUAGCUAUGCUAGUGAGCUGAGCUUAUAG